AUGUCGGAAAAUAAGCCCCAAAGCGAUUUAUUUGAAAGCCCUAGAUCGACCUGGGAAGGUUGCAGUGUCUUGCUUGACAUCAACGACGGCGACCGUUUGGUUUUCGCUCGUCUCUCCGCUGGAGCGACAUUGAAGAUUGGGAAUAAGAAUUGUUCUCUGAAACCCUUGCUUGGCUGCCCCUUUGGUUCUUUCUUUCGCGUUGAAAACGGAGCGCAAGGGCCGUAUUUGUCUCGCUAUACUCCGUCCACAGAAGGUAAUAAUGUUCUAGAAAAAGGUGAUGGCCAGUCAAUAGAUGAGUUGAGAGAUAAUCGAGCAUUAGUUGAUAACAAUAAAGCGCAAAGCCUAACUGGUGAAGACAUAAACGAGAUGCGACGACUGGGUGCAACUGGUGAUGAAAUUGUUGAAGCUCUCAUUGCAAACAGUGCGACAUUUGAGAAAAAGACUGUGUUCUCACAGGAGAAAUAUAGGCUUAAGAAGCAAAAGAAAUAUGCUCCCAUUGUACUUCUGAGGCGCCCUUUCACUAGAAGUAUAUGUGAGGCGUACUUAAAGAAGUAUCCGACUAGAAUUGGAUUCUUGCGAAUGGAUACAUUAUCUCUUCUGCUUUCCAUGGCUAAUGUCUCUGCAAAUUCUGAUGUCCUCGUAGUGGAUAUGGUUGGAGGACUUCUUACUGGUGCUGUGGCAGAGCGUUUAGGAGGGGCGGGCUAUGUCUGCAACACAUACAUUGGUGGCUCGCCUUAUCCUAUUGAUAUAGCGAGGAUAUUCAACUUCGGAGAUGAAAUUUGCAAGAGGAUUGUGAGGUCUCCUCUCACUGAUCUCUUCUCUGUGCAAAAUGGUCUGCAAAAACCAGUAAGUCAAGAUUUGGACUCUUGUAACAUGGAAAGUCAGUCAAAUGACCGAAUUUCUUCACCAGUCAGCAUGGAAGAAGUCUCUCUUGCAUCUGAAAAUGUGAUCUCGGAUGUUAUUCCUGAGUCUACCAGUUCUCCAGUAAUCAAAAUGUCCAAACCUGCAAAACUGGGAGAAAAAGCACCACAGGAAAUCAUCAGCUCGUGGAAAGAGCAUGGUUUCUCUUGUUUAAUAAUAGCAGCACCAGAGCUGGAUACUUGGAGCUUAGUUAAGGAGAUCUUUCCACUUAUGUCAAAUUCAGCUCCUUUUGCUAUUUAUCAUCAGUAUCUUCAGCCUCUUGCAACAUGCAUGCACAAUUUACAACUGGGAAAAAUGGCAAUUGGCAUGCAAAUUUCAGAACCUUGGCUACGCGAAUAUCAGGUACUUCCCUCAAGAACCCAUCCAUGCAUGCAGAUGAAUGCAUUCGGUGGUUACAUUCUCAGCGGGACCAAGAUAAGUCCCAACUGA